UUCAUGAGCUAUUCGUGUCUGCAUGUUGGCGAGCAUUUAGAAUUAGAUGUCCUGGCUAAUGUAUCAUUUGAAACCAACAAGAACAUGUCAAUCAUUGUGGAGUGUACCCAGGGUUGGGUUAUAGAUCACGAGGAAAGCUUGAACAAAAUUUACCAGACUUGCCAAGACUGGACUAAAAACAAAGAUGGACAAGACUCGGAAGAUGCAGAUAGGAAAAAGCACAGGCAUUUUAAAAGCCAUGAAGAUCUGUUUGCUAUACAUGGUCCAUUCAUCAUGAACAGUCAGUAUGAAAAAUUGAAAAAGCAACAUCUAGAAGGAGAGGUGAAUCUGGCUAUGGUUGAAACCAGAACCUGGUGCAGAAGUGAAAAUUUGAUAAAUAAAAACCCUACAGAGACAUGGCAGGCUGAGUCUGAAGAGUCACUGUUUGCUGCAUUUUGGAAAGUGGUGGAAGAAGCUAAGAAGAAGGGAUACUUUGUAAAGAAAAUUUUAACCAGUGAUCCUUUUAGCAACAGUUCCUAUAGAGAUUUUGCCAACACAGAAGAAAAAGAAUCUACCAACAAAGUGCGUGAUGCCAUGAAAGUGGGGAAAAGUGACCAGAAAUUCAGCUAUGGGGGCCUUUUAGGAAAAAGAAAAAUAUCUGAGGAUGUCUUUCUCAGUGAAGAUGUUACAGCAAGGUGUAAGAAAGUGGAAAAACAGAAUAUCAAUGACAAAACCCUACAAAUUGAUAAAAAUCAUAUACAAGAAGGUCAGGCUACAUUUUUUGAAUCUUGCCGAGAAUCAUUUUCAAAAGUGACUCCAACUCCAUUACUGCAUUCUGGAGCUAAAAAUAUGAAGUGCUUAACAUCACCCAAACCCAUACACAGCAUGGAUGUACAGAGCUUAGCAUGUAAAAGUGGACAGUCCUCUUCAGAGUUGAAAACUUCAGUGAAACUAUGUGGUUCUUACACUACUACCACUUUAAAUGAUAAAUGUGACUUACCUGCACCCACUGAGCAGGUCAUUGUGACAGACUCGGAAACAAACCACCAUGCAAUAAAUGUUGACAAGCAUAGCGAGAGUCAUGUUUGCUCAGAUAUAGAGAUGGACGGAAUGCCAGAUAGUUAUAAAAAAGCAAUGCUGAGGUGGAAGAGAGAACAGAAUCUUGCUGACCAGGCUUUUGACAGGUUAUUGAAAGUACAAGAAACCACAAAUCCUCAAAUUGGCUGCCAGUCCUUAGAACAAACAGAUCGAGAAGACAACAUACCCACUCAGCUGCGUUGGCAAGAGUACAAGGCAUCAAAGAGAGGUCAUUCUACACAGACAAAAUUGUUCCCUGUACAGAUGAUAGUAGACAUGGCUCAUCUACCAUCAAGGUUACAAGAACAAAAACACAAGCAUUUGAAGUUGUCAGGACUGCAUUCACAGCAGCAAACUGCACAUAAAGUGGAAUUCAGUGAUUGUGACACAAAAGUUCAACACAUCUGUGCAACUGAUGAACAUGUUGGCUGCAAGUCUGAUUGUGAGAUAUCAAAGGAAAAUUUAUUUGCAAAAGUGAACCAGCAGAGUGGGGUUUCAAAUGGGUUGCUUUACAGUAAACCUUCAACAAAUGGCAAUAGAUUGCAGGAUGAGCAAGAUUGUCAUAGAAAGUAUGCCCCUUGCUGGUCAAGUAGUGUUAAAAACUACCAAUUUGAAAGCCAACAAGAACAACAAGACUCCAGGCCAAAUGACACAAACCUACAUGCUCAACUCAAUCCUGAUGCUCAAGAAAAACAAAUAGAACAAAACUGUCACUCUGAAAACCAACAAAAUGAAUCUCUGAGCCAACACUUAGAUGUCUGGUUUGAACAUGAUAACAACAAGUCUGCAAGGCUUGCUGCCAAGAUUGAAGGUCCCGGAGACAAACUUGCUCUGUCCAGCCAGAAACUUGCUAAGACACAUAUGAGCAUAUUAAAUUGGCACAUUACUAGCAAGCAAGAAACUGUGCCACCAAGUUUGUUCAACACAGUGAUUCAUCAUGUCAGUGAUCAAGUGUCUGUCAUUCCAUGGCUUGAUGGAGAGUACCUUGUGCCACCAUAUUGCUCUUUCUUGAUGUCAGAUGUUUAUCACUUAAGACCUCUGUUGAGAGGUUUGGAAACAAGCAUUUUCCUUUUGCUGCAGAGAUGCAAAGUUUGUAUAGAAGCCAGGUAUUCUAAAGGGAUUUUUUAUUUAAUCAUCAGCUAUGACUUAUUGUCCUGGCGUGACAUUGCUAACCUUCACAAGCCUUUGCGGACCCUGAUGUCUCCUGGUUGUUUAGUGGUUGUGUGGAUAACAAACAAGGAAGGCCUUAAAAAUCACCUCAUUGAGAAGAUCUUUCCAAAGUGGUCAGUCAGAUACCUGACAGAAUGGUAUUGGUUGAAGGUGACUCGCUCAGGUGAUCCUAUUUACCCACUGAAUUCACCACACAAGAAACCAUUUGAGAAAUUGAUAAUAGGACGAUAUUACCCUGUAGGCAUACCAGUCAACAACUCCAGUAAUUUCCCGAAAAAACCCAGGGUGAUUGUCAGCAUUCCUUGCAGUAAUCAUUCACGGAAGCCACCAUUAGGAGACAUUCUGAAGAAGUUUGUUCCAAAAGAUGGCACAUGCCUUGAAAUGUUUGCCAGAAAUUUGCAACCAGGCUGGUAUUCAUGGGGAAAUGAGGUGCUCAAGUUUCAGCACAUCGAUUUCUUCAAAGAGAUUCAAUGUAAACAAACUGCCUGUCCUGCCCAUGAUGCAGAUUAAUACUACACCAUUUUGUCACAGUCAGAUAUGUUUACUUGGUGCUAGUACAAAUUACAAUGCAAUAGGUUUUAAGUCAUAUAAAAAGCCAUGCGUUGGGUUUUGUUUGUAAGUUGUGAUGGCGUGCACUGUACUCAACACACUAAGGACACUUGCUUCUUCAUUGUCAUGCAUUACACUCGAGGCCUCGAUGUUUGCAGAUUACUCAGAGUUCUUUGGACAUGUCCUAUAUCCUCUGUACUUGUUUACUGGCUGUCUGCAAACUCGAAAUUUCACAAGAACUCGCGUGGCACAUAAGAUUCUGUGCAAAAUUUUGCCAUGUAAAAGCCCGUUCAGCCUGUUGUGACCAGGGCUUUUAGGCAUCUCCAGACCUUAAUCUGAUCAAUUGUUUUGUUCCACAAUAAAUAUUAAAUAUUUAUUUUAAAUCCAGGCUUUUUUUUUUUUUUUCGAAGGGGAGAUGGUCUUCCAACAAAGCACUUGAUUGCUACCUUUUUAUUUAGCUUUAGCAUACUAUUAUCAGUCUAUUUUUUAUUUAAUUAUUCUGUUGUAAAAUCUCAAUGGUAUUUGUAUAUAAUAACUAGUUACAUUAUUGAAAUUAGUUUUUUGUUUAGUAAAUGGAUUGCACUUUUUAUAUACAACAGAUAAAACAUCAAUAGGUCAACUGAUACUAGUCAUUUUACAUAUACAGGAAAUUUAAAUUGAAAAAUUUCCUCAGACGUUAAGAAAAUAUUUUAAUGCAAAUUUUAAGUUUUUUUUAAUGCAUUUAUUUUAUAUUCUUCUUCAUCUGUCAACCAUGCAUACUGAGCUUAAUAAAAAAGAAACUAUGUUUUAGACAAUUUUUUGCCUUUUUGAUGUGUGUUGCCAAUGCUAAUUAUCCGGUGACAGAAAAUUGCAUGUGUUACACUGGAGACCAAACCUGCAUACCAUAUCGCGGCAAUUAUUAGAUUCAUUGAUGUUACUUCACCCACUUAGGUCAGUUAAAUUCCAGGUUAGCGUAACAGUUAAAACUUAAAAAAUUAAAAUGGAAAUUAAAGAUUUUUCUCCUGCACAGGUUCAAACUGACCACAACGUAUUAUAUACUUGUAUCUACAGCCCUGGUCAUUCACUUCUCCAUUGUUGAUCAGUGUCAUUUCUCUCCUUUUCGUUUAAUUCAGGUGUUCUGAACUGAUUUCAGUGAUGUAAAACACC